CAGAUCGAGUGAGUCAGUGAUGGCGUGCAACAGUCCAGGCCGAGCCCAGCUGUUCCUCGAUCCCCUAACCUACGCCAGUUUAUUUCAUCCACUCUGACACUCUCCGCUCGUGCAGCGGCCGCUCCGUACGUUAUUCCAGAAGCCGCCGCGACGCAGCCUCGUUAAGCGGAGGGAAGAAACUUGUGCUGACACAUCAAAGGGGUGGAAGGAGGCGGGAGGAGGGCGCACAAGCGGAUCAAGGAUACUCGUGGGUCGCGGUGGUAAUAGCGGUGGCGGCGGCUGAAAUGCCAGAGGGACAUUUUGAAAAUCUUUGGUUCGGCGCAUGCGUUCCGGUGCACUCGAUGUCCGAUGGUGCACGAUGGAGCCGUCGUCGUCUCUAAGCCGCUGCUGCUAGAAGAAACGGUCCGCACGGUGCGUGUCGUGCCGAAUCCGGGAGGAAUAACGUUCUCUCUCUUGUGAUCUCACCGUUUCGCGUCGUGGAUCAACGAAACGGUGUUGAUUAGAUUGAUCAGUGAUUGAUCAAGUGUGUCGGUCCCCUUAGGAGGACGAACAGUCGUCUGCUCUCUCGUCUCGAUAGGAUCGAUAACGGGAGAGAUCUUGCGAGAGAGGAAGAGAGAUAGGGAGAGAAAGGAGCGCCACCCGUUAGAGAGUGUCCGAUCAAUUUUUCAAUGCGCGUUUCAUGCGAACGUCGAGAUUGGAGGAGGCGGACGAUUCCUAAACGAGUGAAUGUUCCAUGAGACUAAAUUCGAGACGCGGCGAGAAAUGCCGGGCGAAAAUCGCGACCAGCUGUCGAGAGCCGGAGGAAGAGAAGGAGGAGGAGGCAGAGGAGACAGUGGAAGUGCUCCAGGAGGAGGACGCAGAGAGUCCUCGAGAGGCGGCGGCGGCGGCGGCGGCGGCGGCGGCGGCGGCGGCGGCGAGCCGGAUUCUCGUAAUCGUGGACUGACUGCUACGAUGAUCCCGCUUCCACGUACUGGCCAAUUUGCGUCGGCCUCGCAAAACCAGAAGAUCGCCAAGACGGAAAAAAAUCGGCUGAGAUUGAUCAUGGAGAGCCGCGGAACCACCGCCGCCGCCAUCGCCGUCGACGUCUUCGACAAAGAGCGAAGGAUCGAUUUGGAUGAGGCGCCGGAAGAUCAUUGGCGAGUGUCGACCGCCAAUUGCUCGACUCUCGCGCGAUUUGCCGAGGAAUCCGAUGAGUUGCGUAGGAACGAAAAGGUGAUUAUUCUAAGCAAAGCUCGAUGACGAUGUGGAACCGUUAACUAGGUCAUCGCCAUUGAAAUGUCAGCCUCAAACAAUAGCUGCAUCGAUGUAUGACAUAUAUACAUAUUUUACGUAAAGUAUCAAUAUAUCGUCCUAAAUAUUUUCACCGUCACUCGACAUUUAUGUAGAGAUUGACGAGACGUACAUUUAUAAUAAUUAAUAUAUGUAUAUGCAGUAGAAUUUAUCGACGUAAGCGGAUCGAUACUCAUAGU